UGGUGCUUCGUCAACUUCGGAUUCUCUACUAGCUCUGGACGUCAAUGUUAAAUCGAUAGAAAAUUUGGAAAAGCAAACAUAUGAGCUUGAGUCGAAGAUGUCGGACCUAGAAGAUAAGGCAAAUAAGGUCAUAGAUUCACUUUAUUAUCAGAUUGGGUUUCUUCUCUCGUAUACAGGAGGAGGGAUAUACUUGCAAGCUUUGCAUCUUCCUUGUGCAGUUAUUGGGUGGAUAACUUUUGGGUUAAUAGCUUGCUUUAUUGUUGGAUUGUAUGUUUUCAUUUGGGGGACAAAUACAAAAUUAAGAAGGAUGACCCCUCCUGUCAAAAACCUGGAUGAAAACAGAGAAGAAUUAGCCGAAAAGGCACAAGAAAUUUUGGAUUCAGAGAAUGAAAGGUCACCUGAGCACAAUCGAAGUGGAGUUGUUGAAGAUACAGCUCCAGUGCACCGUAAAGUGAAGUCUGCGUUAGUGAUAAAGCGGUCUUUGCGGAUAGUGAAUUCUGAGAAUUAUCUAAGUAGAUUUGAGGGGUACAAUAGGAAAUUCAUUGUGGCUGCGAUCACAUGUGCGUUACUUCAUGGGGUUAUUAUAUGUUGCAUCGCAUACUUUUCAUAUUUCCAUGCUGAUGCAUUACGGUGUAAAAAUCCUAUGAUUACACCUUUGCAGCCUACGCAGAUAGGGGUUGGUGAUGCUUUCUGCAAGAUAGAAACUGACAAAGCAAACCUUGAGUUUGAAAGUCUUGAAGAAGGAUUCUUGGCCGAAAUACUGGCACCUGAAAGUUCAAAAGAUGCGGCUGUUGGGCAUCCUAUUGCAAUCACAGCAUACAUCUUUAAGUAUGACAGUGUCCACGAUCAGUGGAAGCACAAUGAGCUCAAGGUUAAGGAUGAGAAGCUUGUGACCAGAUGUGGCAUUAGAAACCCAGAGGACAUUCCACGGGCUGAGGCUGGAGCAGAGUACAUCGUGGAGUCAACUAGAGUCUUCAAUGAUAAAGACAAGGCUGCUGCAGCUCACUUGAAGGUGGAAGAAGCAAAUGACACACAAAAAGUCUCUGCUACUGUUGGUGGUGCAUCAGAGGUUAAAAAUCAGGUACCUUCUCAAACAGAUGCAGCACUGGGAGACAGGGUUCCAGAAGACUGUCCUGCGAGUAUCAGCUCAUCUGAACUUCCUCCUCAUUUGGUCCUCGAUAUGCCAGUUUUGUCCCCAACCAUGAACAUCGCUAAAUGGAUGACAAGGAAGGUCACAAGGUAGGGGUUGGUGAUGUUCUCCACGAUAAAGAAGCUGACAGAGCAACCAUUGAGUUUGAAAGUCUCGUAGAAGGAUUCUUGGCCAAAAUAUUGGCACUUGAAGGUUCAAAAGAUGUGGCUGUUGGGCAGCCUAUUGCAAUCACAGGAUUAUAACUCUUAGCAGUCUGUGGAAUUAAUACUUCUCUAUUGCAAGGUUGAGGAUGCUUAUGAAGAUUUACCCCAUAGUCAAAUUUGCAAGGCAGACUUGUUUAAGGAUGAGGAGAUACUUCUCUAUGGUGAGAA